AUGAAAGCUGCUGCGCUGAUCACUUGCGUCGCGUUGGCCCUGCCUGGUGCCCUCGCCGCCCCAGGUAUUGACCCUGACAAAUUUUCGCUGGCUCUCGCCAGCCGUGCUCUGCCCAAUGCCCCCGAUGGAUAUACCCCGACCAACGUGAGCUGCCCGGCCAGUCGCCCGACAGUGCGCAGCGCCGCCGAGCUGUCCUCGAAUGAGACCUCCUGGCUGGAGACCCGUCGCAACAAGAGCCUGUCGGCGAUGAAGGAUUUUUUCGGCCAUGUGCAGGUCGGCGACUUCGAUGUGACCUCGUAUCUGGACCAGCACGCGAGCAAUUCCUCCAAUCUGCCUAACAUCGGCAUUUCCCUGUCGGGUGGUGGUUACCGCGCGCUGAUGAACGGUGCCGGUGCCCUGAAGGCCUUCGAUAGCCGUACGACUAAUGCCACUACCAGCGGCCACUUGGGUGGCCUGCUCCAGUCGGCUACCUAUGUAGCUGGUCUGAGUGGUGGUAGCUGGCUGGUCGGCUCUGUCUACAUCAACAACUUCACCACCAUCUCGUCGCUGCAGACUCAAAAAGCUGGUGCCGUCUGGCAGUUUGGAAACUCCAUUCUCGAGGGCCCGGAUACCGGCGGUAUUCAACUUUUGGACUCGACGAGCUACUACAAGGACCUGGCUACCGCUGUGGAGGGGAAGCAGGAUGCUGGGUUUGACACCUCACUCACGGAUAUUUGGGGCCGAGCUCUCUCCUACCAGAUGUUCAAUGCUAGUGGUGGAGGCAUUGACUAUACCUGGUCAUCCAUUGCCAAGACGCAGGACUUCAUCAAUGGGAACUAUCCUAUGCCUUUGGUCGUUGCAGACGGCCGUAACCCCGGCGAGCUCGUAGUGGGAAGCAACUCGACCGUAUACGAGUUCAACCCCUGGGAGUUCGGUACCUUUGAUCCGACCAUUUUCGGGUUCGCCCCGCUGGAGUUCCUCGGCUCCAAGUUCGUGAACGGCGUCAUCCCCAGCAACGAGAGCUGCGUGCGCGGCUUUGACAGCGCGGGCUUUGUGAUCGGAACCUCGUCUACCCUUUUCAACCAGUUCCUGCUCCAGCUCAAUACGACCUCGCUCCCCAGCGCCGUGAAGGACAUCUUCAGCAGCAUCCUCGGCAAGCUGGACAAGGCCGACAACGACAUCGCCUCUUAUGACCCGAACCCCUUCUACCAUUACAACAACCACUCUUCCCCGUACGCCUCGCAGACCGAGCUGGACGUCGUCGAUGGCGGCGAGGACCUGCAGAACUUGCCUCUGCACCCGCUUAUCCAGCCUGAGCGUCACGUCGACGUAAUCUUCGCCAUAGACUCCUCGGCUGACACGACCUACAACUGGCCCAACGGCACCGCCCUCGUAGCAACCUACGAGCGCAGCCUGAAUAGCACCGGCAUCGGCAACGGCACCGCGUUCCCGUCCAUCCCGGACCAGAACACCUUUGUCAACCUAGGGUUGAAUACGCGCCCGACCUUCUUCGGCUGCGACAGCUCCAACUUGACCGGCCCCGCACCGCUGGUCGUCUACGUGCCCAACUACCCAUAUUCGACCCUAUCCAACGUGUCCACCUUCACCCUAUCCUACUCGGACACUGAGCGCGACGACAUCAUCCUCAACGGCUACGAGGUCGCCACCAUGGCCAAUAGCACCCGCGACGGCAACUGGACUGCCUGCGUGGGCUGUGCCAUCCUGAGCCGCUCGUUUGAGCGCACUGGCACUACCCUGCCUAGCAUCUGCACCCAGUGCUUCUCGGACUAUUGCUGGAACGGGACAGUCAACUCGACCACGCCGAAUGCCUUUGAGCCCACCCCCAUGCUGAGCGUGCGAUCCAGCAGAGCUGGAGCGAUUAUGCCGACCCUUCUGCCCACUGUUGUGGCGGUUAGUGCUGCGCUGUUCGCUCUAGCAUAG